AGAAUUUUAAAAGAUGCGAUGACAAGUCUUAAAGGCGAACCUCAACCGAGUGGUUAUCCUUUCCAACCUGUCCACGCAUACGUCCUCAAUCCAAAAUCGAUAACUAUGGGACAACUUUAUGGAGAGUUUGAUCUUCAGACCCAUGAAUGGACUGAUGGCAUUCUUCCAUGUCUCGUCCGACUUGGAAUCAACGCACCAAACAAGGAUAGACGCUGGUACGUCUUCGAUGGCCCCGUGGAUGCCGUUUGGAUCGAAAACAUGAACACGGUUCUAGACGACAACAAAAAACUAUGCCUAAGUAGUGGAGAAAUCAUCAAACUUCGGGAUACUAUGACGAUGAUGUUUGAAGUGGCAGAUCUGGCAGUUGCGUCUCCUGCUACGGUAUCCAGAUGUGGAAUGGUGUAUUUAGAGCCCGCAGUACUUGGUCUCGAUCCGUUUGUUACAUGUUGGCUUAAGAGAUUGCCUGAGUUGGCCAAACCCUUCGAGAAGACUCUAAAAACUUUAAUAUACUUUUACGCCAUUCCCGCAAUCCACUUUGUGCGAAAUAGUUUAAAAGAAGUUUUAACUUCAGUAGACUCAGCACUUUUGAUGACCUUCUUAAGACUCUUGGACUUUAGACUGGCGCCUAUAUCAGGCCGAGACAACAAACCUCCACCGCCACCGCAGUUCCUGCUAUUGAUGAAGGAUCUCAUGGUACCUUGGAUUAUAUUUUCUGUAGUUUGGAGCAUUGGAUGUACCUGCGAUUAUGCUGGUAGAGUAAAGUUUGAUGAAUGGAUAAGAAACAAAAUAAAAGAAAGAAAAGAUGAAGUAGUAUUUCCAGUCAAGUCAAUAAUUAUAUAUGAUUACAAAUUACAUGAUGGGGGAUUCACAGAUGUAACAACUGACGGAGAACCUCAUCCUCCUAGUUGGAGGAGUUGGAUGGAAAAUAUAGAGGAGUAUAAGAUUACCAGAGAUAUGAAAUAUUCAGAUAUUGAGGUUCCGACAGUAAACAACGUACGUAAUGCAGAACUCCUGGGAAUGGUUCUUUCUAACGAAGACAAUGUGUUGGCCGUUGGUCCAACAGGAACUGGUAAAACACUUACAGUUAUCGGAAAACUCAGCAAAAAUAUGCAUAAGAAAUUUAUUUGCGAUUUCUUCAGCUUCUCAGCUCGAACUACAGCAAACCAAACACAGGAUCUUAUUGACUCUAAACUAGACAGAAGACGAAGGGGAGUAUUCGGGCCGCCUGUGCUGAAAAGACAAAUAUUUUUUAUCGAUGACUUUAACAUGCCAGCACUUGAAGUAUUUGGAGCUCAACCACCGAUAGAGUUAAUCCGACAGUGGAUGGAUUUUGGUGGAUGGUAUGACAGAAAAAAUAUAGGCGAAUUUAGAAAAAUUAUUGACAUAAACUUUGUAGCAGCUAUGGGUCCACCAGGUGGUGGUAGAAACCCCGUAACAGCUAGACUUCUAAGACAUUUUCACUAUUUGACAUUCCUAGAAAUGGAAGACGAUAGCAAGCUUAAAAUAUUCGGCACAAUAUUGGACUUUUGGCUACACCGAGCUCCAGAAGGAUUUGAAAAAUAUUUCAAUCAAAUGCUUACAUCCACGCUUACAGUUUAUACAACUAUCUUACACGAACUUUUACCCACCCCAGCGAAAACACAUUAUACAUUUAACUUGAGAGAUCUGAGUAAAGUUUUCCAAGGAAUUUUAAUGUUCGAUGCUGAAAAUCUUCAGGAUAUUGGUGAGAUGCUGCGGCUCUGGUACCACGAAAAUUGUCGAAUAUUUCAAGACAGACUGAUUAACGAUGAAGAUAGGAACUGGUUCGAUGCAUUGCUAAAGUCUGAAAUUGAACGACGGUACCGUUUAAAAUCUGAAGAAGUCCUUGGGACUACGGAUAUACUAUUUGGUGAUUUUAUAGAUCCAUCUGUAGGAGUAGGACCUUAUGUGCAAAUAACAGAUUUUGAAAAAUUGUCGGAUGCACUGAACUAUUAUCUCGAAGAUUAUAACCUUCAAAGUACGAAACCGAUGAAACUGGUGCUAUUUUUGGAUGCGAUGAUACACAUAUCCAGAAUCUCCAGAAUAAUUAGGCAGCCUUUAGCCAAUGCGCUGCUGCUGGGUAUGGGAGGUUCAGGAAGGCAAAGUCUCACUCGGCUUGCUGCCUUUAUGUCCGAAUAUAGCUGCUUUCAAAUAGAAUUAACGAAAGCAUACGGGCAAAACGAAUGGAGAGAUAAUGUGAAACACUUGAUGCUGUCAGCUGGAUUGCAACGAAGAGAAACUGUAUUUUUGUUCUCAGAUACACAGAUUAAAUCUGAGUCAUUUCUCGAAGACCUGAAUAAUAUUCUUAACUCCGGCGAUGUUCCCAACAUCUACCAACCUGACGAACUAGAUAAGAUCUACCAAAGUAUGAAAGGACUCGUUCAAGAAAUGGGAUUAACAGCAACAAAAUCCAAUUUAUUUGCUGUAUAUCAGAAGGAAGUGAGAACAAACUUACACAAUGUAAUUACUAUGAGCCCUAUCGGAGAAGUAUUUAGAGCAAGAUUACGACAAUUUCCGGCCUUAGUCAACAACUGUACGAUCGACUGGUUUAGCCCUUGGCCUGAUACUGCAUUGCAAUCUGUCGCACUCCGUUUCUUAAAAGAAGUUGAGGAUUUUGAUGUCUCUGAAAGCAUUCUACAAGGAAUUGUCAUGACGUUCCAAUAUAUGCAUGCCAGCGUAGUUGAAGCUAGUGAAAGGUUUAAACAAGAGCUUUCACGCCAUAACUACGUCACGCCUACGUCAUAUCUGGAACUUUUAUCCAGCUACACGGAAUUGAUGAACAAAAAGAAGGGAUCUCUUACGGAAGGUGUCGGCAGAUUAAAAACAGGUUUAGGUAAGCUUCAAACUACUGCAGAAGAAGUUAAAAUAUUGCAAAGUCAACUUAAGGAAUUGAAACCACUUCUUGAAGAAGCUGCUCGAGAUGCUGAUAUAAUGAUAACUAAAAUUGCUGCAGACACGGUUAUUGCUGAAGAAACCAAAGAAAUUGUCGAAAAAGAAGAACAGGCGGCAGCUGAAAAAGCAUAUGAAACACAAAAUAUUGCUGAGGAUGCCCAAAGGGAUUUAGAUGAAGCAUUGCCAGCUUUAUUAGCCGCUGAAGCCAGUUUGAAAGCCUUAAAUAAAAAUGACAUUAUUGAAGUAAGAUCGAUGAAAAGACCACCAGCUGGUGUAGUUUACGUCAUUGAAGCUAUUUGUAUAGUAAAGAAUAUUAAACCAAACAAAGUAAGUAGAUAA